GAGCGAUAAUUUCAGAUUUGAGUGUGAACAUUAAGAAAUAUUUUGCUGUAGCAUUCGGAUUUUCUUGCUUUAAAAUUACAGUUUGUAGAGAUUUGGUGGCAUCAAUGUCCUUGAACGUAUCAAAGGAUGGAAAAAAAACUGCUGGAGCAGUUACUUCUAUAAGCACUGUGACUUCUAUACCAGUGACUACAGGUGUAUCUGCUAUAGGUGCUUCAGGAGAAGGUGCAGUAAAUGCCAUAGUCGAAUAUGAAAUACCUCCUUGGGCAGGGAGACCACCGAGUGGAUGUCAUCUUGAUGUUGUGAAAGGUGACCAGUUGAUCCAGAAAUUGAUGGUUGAUGAAAAGCGUGCCUAUUUCUUUGGACGUAAUCCGAAGCAAUGUGAUUUUGUGGUGGAACAUGCAUCAUGUUCCAGAGUGCAUGCCGUUCUGAUUUAUCAUAAAUUCCUGCAACGAUUUGCACUUGUAGACAUGAAUAGCUGUCAUGGUACCUUUGUCGGUAAAGUUCGCAUCGAACCGAAGCAACCAAUUUUCAUAGAUAUUGCCAGCAUAUUUCAUUUCGGUGCUUCAACAAGACGAUAUAUAUUGCGGGCUAAGCUUGAUUCGGUCAAUGAUGACGAUGAAGGAAAUAAAGAUUUGCUACCAGAGGAACAUGAGCUUGAGAACUUAACUGAGUAUAACACGGCACUAAAUAGACGAAUACCGGUUAUACCGAUUUCACUGGAAGAUGCACGGCGAAAAAAAAGGCCACGUGGAAAUGUUGCAUUUAUUGAAGAGGAAACCAUAAUUAAUCCAGAAGAUGUUGAUCCAACAGUAGGGCGUUUUCGAAAUUUGGUUGCUACUGCAAUUAUAUCUACAAAACGGAAACCACUGGAUGAAGGAACUGAACAAAGAACUAAGGAAGGUCCUACUCAGAAAAAGAUUUUAAGGCCUGGACGCGUAGACGAUUAUAAAAAUACAAGGUAUGUACAACCAAUGAUUUCAAGCUUGUCGAUUGUUAUGAAUGCUGCCCCGGAUUUGGAGUUGUAUGCGAAAAGUUUACCGGAACCUACUUCUGGACAUGUUGGGCCUUUCGUUCAGGGAACACAUCGAAUACAUGACGAUGAAGAUGGUGAUGCACCUCACAAGAAGAAAUAUGCUAAAGAAUCCUGGCCAGGCAGAAAAUCGAAUCAGAGUCGGGUUCUGGCAUAAAUAAACAAUAAAAGUGUGGUUGUUUGCGUAAGAUGAACUAAUAGACUUGCUUCAGCAUUCAAUAUUUUAAAAAUUAAGGUUGUUUUAUCUGUUUUUGUGACUUAGAAAAAACUUGAGGAAAUUGUUUCAAUGUUAGACUUUUCAGUUUACUUAUACGCAAACAUUUACUUCUCUUCCUUUCCUUAAAGUAUGUUUUAUACUAGGAGAUUGUUCACUCUUCAUAGCACUGUUUUUUUCAUAAUCCCUGCGAUAUCAACCAUUUUAAAUACGGUUCUUACAGAUCCGCGUUUUCUUGGUCAGAUACUGCCAAAUGCGAAUCAAAGUCUAGUUCAUAAUUGAUGACACAAUUUCAUGUUAAUUUAUUCAAAAUAUAUUGUAUGCCUGGUACAGUGAACUUUUCGUUGUUAUGGUGCAACUUUUUGUGAGUCAACUGAUUUGUAAUGCAUAUGUACUGAAUAAAACUUUUGAUGA